AUGGAUCCUCGUACAAAGGUUGUCUUUCUCUCCGUGGCGUGUGUGUGUGUCGGCCUGGUUGUCGGCGUGCUUAUCGGGUACUUCUCUGGGAGUAGCGGCCGUGUUGAUACCGCCGGCGCCGGUGAGAGCCAGGGGGACCUGGGGACGCUCCUGGCCGAGGGAGACGGCUGGGUGUCGGAGGCACUGAUGACCGAGAUCGACCAGGCUCGGAUUGAAGAGUAUUUGAGGAAGCUGACAGAGAAGCCCCACCUAGCGGGGACUGAGGGGAGUUACACCCUUGCCGAGUACGUGAGGCGGACGUGGUUGGAGCAGGGUCUGGAUUCUGCGCACAUCGCACCGUACCGUGUCCUGCUCUCGUACCCAGACCCGGACAAGCAAAGUUACGUUGCCCUGCUAGAUGGGAACGAUAAUGAGCUGUUCAGAUCAGCCCCUCACGAGCCGAGCUUAGAUCUGGACCCGCCGGCGAACAUCUCCAGCGUGGUACCGCCCUUCGCCGCCUACUCUCCCUCGGGAACCGUCGAGGGUGACUUGGUUUACGUGAACUACGGCCGGACGUCGGACUUCACCCAGCUGGAAUCCAUGGGCGUCACGGUGGCGGGAAAAAUCGCCAUAGCUCGCUACGGGAAGACGUCAAGAGGCAGAAAGCUGCGGCGUUGCCAACUCCGCGGUGCGCUCGGCCUGAUCGUGUACUCGGACCCGGCGGACACGGUGGGGACGGGCCCCGCUGCCAGCGGCAGACCGCUGUACCCACGGGGUUGGUUCGGCCCGGGCACGGCAGUCCAGAGGGGACAUUACCUCUACGGACAGGUGGAGGGAGAACCGCUUACACCAGGCUACCCUGCAAAAGAUUACAUGUUCCGGUUAAACGAAAGUGAGAGUGAUCCUCUGCCCAGCAUCCCGGCUCACCCCAUAGGGUAUAACGACGCCUGGCAUCUUCUCAGUGCAAUGGAAGGGCCCGACGCUCCGUCUUCCUGGCGAGGUGGUCUUAACAUCACCUACCGACUUGGACCGGGACUGCAGGCAUCUGGAAGAGCGAGAAAAGUCCGGCUGCAGGUGAACGUGAACCGCGAGGUCAGGCCCAUUCACAACGUCAUCGGGGUCAUUCGGGGUCGCCUGGAGCCAGACCGCUACGUGUUGCUAGGCAACCACCGUGACGCGUGGAACCUGGGCGGAGUUGACCCCAGCAGCGGGACCAGCUCCCUACUGGAGGUCAGCCGCGCGUUCGGAGCGAUGGUGAAAAGAGGGUGGCGCCCCAGACGAUCACUUGUAUUUUGUAGCUGGGAUGCUGAAGAAUAUGGAAUGCACGGCUCGUUCGAAUGGGUCGAAGACCUUGGUAAGAUUCUAACGGAGCGAGCUGUAGCGUACUUGAACGUGGACAUGGCAGUGCGAGCCACCUACUCCCUCCGUGGAAGGGCGUCACCCCAGUUAGCCCCGGCCUUACUGGAAGCCGCUAAGAAGGUUCCCUGGCCUGUCAGUGCACCGGAAGGGAAGACCAUGUAUGACGUCUGGCGGAAGCGCACACCGGAAAUUGAUGAUGACCCGGAUACAAAACCUAGAGUGGACCUUCCGAGAUCCGGCAGUGAUUUCGCGCCGUUCGUGCACAGAAUUGGCGUCCCGUCCAUCGACCUGGCGUUUUUCCAUGUGGGCAUCUGGGAUUACCCACUCUACCCACUCUACCACACGGCGUACGCGACUUUCCACCUCCAGAAGAAAAUCAUCGACCCGGAUUUCCUGUUCCACCGGGCCAUGUCUCAGCUCUGGGCGGAGACGGCCCGCUCCCUGGCCGACGCCCUCCUCCUGCCCCUCCGCCUGUCCGAGUACGGCACCGUCCUCGGCGGGAUGCUGGCGGACCUGGAGACCAGAUACGGGGACCAGCUGGCAGUGAGAGGCAUCUCUCUUGAGACGCUGACCUCUGCGGUGAACAACUUCACAACGGCUGCGGAAGCCUUUGAUGCUGAGGUGACCGAUGCAAAGAUAACGAACCCGUUUGUUGCCCGGAUGUACAACGACCAGCUGAUGCAGUUGGAGAGGGCCUUCAUCGACCCGCAAGGCCUGCCGGGAAGGAAAUUCUACAAGCACACCAUCAUGGCCAGCCGCCUGUAUUCGUCAGCGACCUUUCCUGCUCUCGGUGACGCCACUUACCUGGCAGUCAACAGCGAGGAAGGUACCGAGGGGGCGUGGCGAAACGUCCAGAAGGAGCUGUCAGUCAUCACGUUUACCAUCCAAUCAGCAGCCAAUACGUUAACAGCGCUAGAAUUGACGUCAUGA